UCUCCUUGCGAUCCACUAUGUCCUUCAAACCAUUCCUCGUGUGCAUUUCCGUCCCAUCAAUGGCCUCUAUUGUGAUUCCUCCGAAUACAACUGGAUGAUUCAGGCCAUUAAAUUUCAAAAUGACUUCACAUGUGUUGACAAAUUAAUCCCUGUCUCACUCCUCAAAACCUCCCAGAAUUUUUCGCUUUCAAAAAAAUCCGUUUCACACAUUUUUUCGCACACGUAGACACAACGUAUCACAUCGAGAUACGCGGGAGCGUAUCGGCCAAGUAUAUAUUUCCAAACCUCGAACAAACAGGUCGAGUGCUCCCAAGUAUCUAUACACGACACAACUACCCCUUCCACUACCUCCAAAACUAAUUUCCGUAACUGAGUGAAAACGCGGCAAUUUGCAGCAAAAAUACACUUAGUUACAUUACCUAAACCGCAUAUGCUAUAUUCGUUUAUGUUAAGUUUUUCCGAAUUAAACGCCCAAUUAAAAAGAUCCGCGCAUAGCAACGGAUUUUUUUACAUAUUUUCCGCGGUGCGAUUAUCUCAGAAUGAAACUGUCAGAUUUUUGUUCAAAAGUUGACAGCAUUUGUUUCCUACGGGCGCUGUGUGGUCGGUUCGUAAUCAGCGACGGGCGCGAGAAAUGAGAGGUUGGCAAAAGUGUCGUGGAUGGAAAGUGCGCCGAGAAGACCGAGAAGAGACUAGGGGAAUCCCUAGUUCUCUCUUUUCGUGCACCAUGGUGAACUUGGAGGACGCCGAUCACGAGCUAAUGGAUUUUGAAGAUGAAUUGCUGCCUUUGGCCCAAAACCGCGCCGCUGGGCUUUCGCCGCCACUGACACCCGCAGCAGCAGCAGCGGCAAAAACAAGACCACCACCACCACCACCACUGCCACCAGGACGGAGAUCAGCAGCAGCACCACAGCAGCAACGCGGUCUGUCAGGGGGAAGCGGAAAUUGUCUUCAGGACGAUCCUGUUUAAUUUUAGUCUAGAGAGAGUUAGACCAGGUAACAUGUGGACUCUUACUAAAAGAAGUGUAAAAUCUCUUGCCCAUUUUGAAAAAAUGCUUGAAAUCCCCCCAAAAACAAAAAAUGUUUUUGUAAAAAAAUGCGCCAAGCAUAUAUUUCGAUGUUGUUCAUUUGAAAAACAAUUACUUAAAAAUUGAAGCCACAAUUAUGGAAAUUUGAAAAAAAUACACAAAUAAAAAAAGAUGCCAAGCUCGUUGAUUGAAUUUACCAGUGGAGAAAGCUGGUGAUGAUAGGAGUCCAUAAAUCGUUUCGAGUUCUCUAUGACUAUCUUGACUAACACAAGUCCCACAAUGUCCUACAAAGGACAUCGCAGUCAAAUCAAAUACUCGACUCAAAUCGAAAGGGGUAAAAAGUCCAUUGUGAAUCAAAAAUUUAUUCAGCAAUAUGGUCAGGAUCAACGUACGUGGCGCGGUUUUUUCGAAACUCACCACUUUCUCUUUAGAACUAGCGACAACAGAGUACUUGCCUCUAUUACACGAACUGUCCUUCAGUCUGGAAAUUCUAGGAGAAUGAACAAAGCGAAAAAUUGAACCGAAAGUUCCAUCUGCUUAUCGUGAAAAUGUCUAUGAGUUUGAUAAUCUUGACGAGCAGACCAUGUGAUGUCCUGCGGCCAGAAUUACAUAGAUGGCACUAUUAAUUCACCAUUUUAUCCGCGAAAUUUGGAAAUGUAUUCCGAUAAAAUAGAAAGUUAGGAGAGGGUCGAGCUAUGGAAGAAUAAACAAGGGAUGGAAAAUAAUUCUGUCAAAAGUGGAAAACCAUCGGAAGUCAUAAAUCUCAGGAGUUGAGUCUGCCUGUUGGAUUUAUGAUUCUCCAAAAUUUAUCAUAAAAACACUUUCCUCGAAAGUCAAAAUAAUAGAUGAAAAUGCAUUCGACGGUCACGGUCGGGAAAUUGGAAACCCUCUGUUACGAAAUAUUUAGAAAGGUUUCGCGCUACAUGUGCCCCAUACAUGUUGUUCCCCUUGUUCAUUGUUUUGCUGGCUCAAAGGGACCUGAGUUUCUCGCAACGUAAACAUGACGUUGCAUGGUCCCCUUGUUCAAGAUCCAUCCCUCUUUUCUUUUCCCCCCUCCCAUUUUCUUCUAGGAGCUAUCUUCCUAUGUUUUACGCACAAAGAUUGCGCGCGCAACUAAUAAACGGGUGGGGGUGUAGGACCCAACCCUUAGAUUUAAUUAUUCUUUUUAAGUUAGUCCUAGUGUGGCAUUCUUUCCCACAACUUUGAGCUUCUCUCUUCGCCUUAUUUAGUUUUACGGAUUUUUAUGUUUAAAGUCUUCUUGAAGUUUCAACAGAAGUUUAAAUAAAAUAAAGUGUGCUCUCCUAAGAGCUUGUUUUACCAAUUUAUUUAUAA